GCGGCUCUUAGCGACUGCAAGCACCAAGCGACACAAGGCAGGAUGAUUGUAAACACUAAUGCACCCCAGUGCUAUCGCAUUGGCCUGUUAGCUGAUAGCAAGAUAGCAAAUUAAAUAGAAAGACAGAGCGUGUACCAGUGUAUCUGAUCAUACGUUGCGUGCAUCCCAGCCGUACUCAGGAAAGGGACGUAAAAUGUGGAGUUUAAUGAUAAAAGGCGGGGCCCCAAAAUACUGCGCGAACAAAGAUGUCCUGUGAGGUGUCCCCUGCCUCUUUUAACGGGCAGCUGUCCUCCACCAUAAAAAGAGAGGUGACCGCGACAUCGAGAGCUGUACUUGAGGAAUUUCUGGACUGUCUGGACCAAGAGCUCGCCGCCUUCAUAGUGGCCAGAGACAGACACUGCAGUUCUAUUCAGGAUAAGAGAGCCCAGUCCGAAAAUCGCCUGUCCCUCUUCGUUGAGGAGGCGGCGAGGGCGGCCGUGGAGGUUGUGUUGGCUCAGUUUGCAGACUUUGUCGACGGAAGAUGUGCGGAUUUCCAGCUGUGCCUUGAAACGUUUGACAUAAAGGAGUUAGACAGCCUCAAGAUGCAACUGGACACGCUCCGCAAAGAUCUCUUUACCGUACGGAGAUACAGGGGCUCUGCAGACGGGGUCAUCGCGGACACGGCGUGGACAGCGGGUCAUUCAGCAGCAGGCACUCAUGAUAAAGAAGAAGAUGAUUUUUCUGGUGAUGAAAGACUAUUAAGCUUGAAAGUGAUUCACAUGGAUGAUUCAUUUGGAAGAGAAGAGAACACCAGGGAUUCCCUCCAGUUAACCACACAACUGUGCUCACCUGAAAAAGAAUGUUGUGAGCAGAAUUCCAAGCACACCAAAGGAGAUGACCCAAAAGUGGACACGUCCCUUACUGAGGAGGACCAUAUACAGCAGGUACUGGUGUGCAUCAAGGAAGAGUGUUGUGUUGAGGACUCGGCUCCCAUUAAAGAGGAGGAUUGUGAUGAGGAUUCUGUCCACAUUAAAGAAGAGAGCUUGGACCAGAAACCUGUACCUAUUAAAGGAGAGGACUGGGAAGAAGUGUCCAUUCAGUGUGACAUUUUUGACAGCGAGGUUGAAAGUGCCAGUGCAGAAGAUGAAGAGUCCGUCUUAGAGAAUAGUCUACUUCAUCUUGAACACAGACAAGAUUCUCCUCUGCGUAAACCCCAACAUCAGAGAACAGAGGAAGCUAAAAGUGGGGAAACUAUGACAAAAGUUAUGGAGGAGAAAAACUGUUCCUUGAAAUUUGCUGCACAAGCUGAACAGCUUUCAGACUCUACAGUGGCUCAACAUCACUGCUUUCUGUGUGGCAAAAAGUUCAAACAGAAGGGUCACCUUCAUGAACAUCAGCGAAUUCACACUGGUGAGAAGCCAUACUGCUGCACUGAAUGUGGGAAGCGGUUUAUGAAGAAAAGCCACUUUCGACGGCACCAGAUCAUUCACACAGGCGAGAAGCCAUACAGCUGUGCUGACUGUGGUAAGAGGUUUACAAUGAAGACAGGUCUUCAGCAGCACCAGAGGACUCACACAGAAGAAAAGCCUUAUAGUUGUACAAAAUGUGGGAAGAAGUUCACGCUGAAAAGCUAUCUUCAGAAGCACAAAGUAACUCACAAUGAAGACAAACCAUACAGCUGUAAUGAAUGUGGAAAGAAAUUCAUACAGAAAAUCUAUCUGCAAGAACAUCAGAGAAUUCAUACUGGGGAGAAGCCACACUGCUGCUCGGAAUGUGGCAAGGGAUUUACUUUAAAAAGGAACCUCAAGCGGCAUCUCCAGCAGCAUCCUACAGUUGACACGAGGGAGAAGCCACACUGUUGUGGUGAAUGUGGGAACAGGUUUACACUGAAAAGAAAUCUUAAGAGACACCUUCAACAACACCAGGCAGUUAACACUGGGGAGGAUCCUUACAGCUGCACCGAAUGUGGAAAGACAUUCACCCUGAAAGGUAACCUCCAGCAGCAUCAGAGGAUUCACACCGGAGAGAAGCCCUACUGCUGCAGAGAAUGUGGUGAAAGGUUCACUUGGAAAUCUAGCCUUAUAUCCCACCUCCGGUGCCAUAGUGGAGAAAAACAGGCUAUGAAACGGUGAGCUUUGCUUUGUUUCUGACUCUGACACACCCGUGGAAGGUGGAGCAGCUCCUUUUCAACCUGGACUUGAUGCUGCUUCCAGUGCAGCAACAUUGCCACCAAGAAGCACAGAACUACUCUAGUAUAGAUAAAUGUCUUUCUGGCAGUUCCCCCUGGUGGCACCCAGGUACCCCAACAGGGCCGCCCAUUGAGACCACAGUUCCAAUUCUGCCCAGCAGGUGCACAACUAGAAGCUCCACCAGAUGGAUGCUGCCACCCAGCGUAAAAUGGUCAACACAUGUCUCCAGGAAGUCAUCUUCCACUGUCCUUCCAUUAUGAAAGCUUACUGGCCAGGUAAGGGACCACCAUCCAUCCCAGCGAGGACGUCACUCUGACCUUUCCUUCUGUGAAUGUGUAUACUCUGUAUGUGGCUUUUAUAUAUAAAGUACACACACACACACACACUGAAUGUAUUAUUAACUGAUGGUUUGUAAAAUGUAUGGAUAUUGCAAUAAAGUGACCACAUACACAAUGUCACAAAUGAGGACCGUCUACUUGUGAUACAAAAUUUCAUUAGCCUUGUAUGUUAGUUCACAGCAAAAGUGCUGAUGAUGACUUUAUCAGUGGUGCUGUUGUAAAACUGUGGCAAAAAUGAGUGGUAUUCACUUAUUGAUAAUUGAUAGUCUCCUGGGUUCAACUCUACCCACCUCCUCAAUGUCUGUCUGUAUACACUUUGAACAUUUUUUCUAUGCCUCUGGAAGUUUUCCUCCGGGUACCCAAUUCUUCCUCUCAUACCACCAAAACACACACAUUAGGUUAAUUGGACCCAGCAUCCAGUUCCUGGUCAUGGUCAGUGUAGAGAUAGCACGUGUCAGUGUGGAUUUUCCUCCAGGUACCCCAUUUUCUUCCCACAUGCUUCUGCUCCCCUAGCUGUACCCAUCUUAUUCAUUUUUCUGACUUUACUAACAAGAGUCAAAAUUCCAACUAAGCACAAAUGCAGAUCUAGGGCUGGUACAACCUGCUGAGUUCUGUGAGGUUGUGGGCUUAGCUUAGAUAUUUCAGUAAAACAAUUACCCUUUGUAAUGGUAACUUAAAACGUAUUAAGCUAC